AUGGCGGAGGUGGCGGUAUCGCUGGGGGUGACGGGGCACGCGGGGCACCUCGAGAUCAUCGCAGUGGACCGCCACCGCUUGCCCCUCCAUCCCCGCCUCGCUCCCCCACCCUUCGUACUCCCCAAGCCUCCCUUCCCCGAGCCUCUGGACGUUCGGGAUCUACCAGAGCUGUGCCCCCUGGCCGUGUGGGAUGACGUGGAGCGCCAGCUGGCGGUGGAGCCGCAGGAGGACGCCAUGUGGCACCACCUCACGGCCGUCACCACAGGGCAAGCUGCGGGAGAGGAAGAGCGGGGCGGCAGCAGCGGUGGAUGCGCUGCUGGGGUGCGGGCCCUCUUUCACACUAUCCCCAUGCUUCCCUUCCCCCCUGCCCACCUCACAGCCACCUCACGGCCGUCACCACAGGGCAAGCUGCGGGAGAGGAAGAGCGGGGCGGCAGCAGCGGUGGAUGCGCUGCUGGGGGCGGGCAGGGGGGCGUUUGGCAGCCUCGAGUGGUGGACUGCUGGCUCUGGGCUUGGCCUGUUGGGUGCCGCGCCUUCCACUUCCCGGCCUGCAGCCUCUAAAGAAGGCCACGCGUGGGCAUGGGCGGUCACGGAUGGUAUACCAGAUCUGGACCGCGAGUUUGCUGCCAUCCAGCCCGACAUGGCCAUGACCUUCCCCUUCCUGCUCGACACCUUUCAAAAAGAGGCCAUAAUUCAUCUGGAGCGACACGAGUCGGUCUUCGUGGCAGCACACACGUCAGCGGGCAAGACAGUCGUGGCAGAAUACGCCUUCGCGCUAGCUGCCAAGCACUGCACGCGGGCGGUCUACACAUCACCCAUCAAGGCCAUCAGCAAUCAGAAGUUCCGAGACUUCAGCAAGCGAUUCGACGUGGGGCUGCUGACAGGGGACCUCAGCGUUCGCCCCGAGGCCGCGUGCCUCAUCAUGACCACCGAGAUCCUGCGCUCCAUGCUUUAUCGUGCAGCAGAUAUUAUCAAAGACAUCGAAUGGGUGGUGUUUGACGAGGUGCACUAUGUGAACGACAUGGAGCGCGGGGUGGUGUGGGAGGAGGUGAUCAUCAUGCUGCCGCCCCACGUGGGCCUCAUCAUGCUCUCUGCUACUGUGCCCAACACCACGGAGUUUGCGGAUUGGAUCGGCCGAACCAAGAGGAAGAAGAUAUUCGUUACAGGCACCACGCGGCGGCCAGUCCCUUUAGAACACAACCUUUACUACAGCGGUCGGCUGCAUCGCAUCUUCGACCGCGGAGACAUCGACAGGGGAGGGGAUCGGUACCGGCGGUCGAUGGCAACGGAGUGGAUGCAGUUCAUCAACCUGCUCAGCAAACAGGAGCUGCUGCCUGUGGUGGUGUUCUGCUUUUCCAAGCGCCGCUGUGACGAGUCAGCGGACAGCCUCACAUCGAUGGACCUCACAAGCAAGAGUGACAAGAGUGCCAUCGUCAUGUUCUGUAACUCCGCCUUCGCUCGCCUUAAGGGCAGUGACAGGCAUUUGCCACAGGUGGAGCGCAUAUCGGAGCUGCUACGGAGGGGCAUCGGGGUGCACCAUGCAGGGCUGCUGCCCAUCGUGAAGGAGGUGGUUGAGAUGCUCUUCUGCUCGGGACUCAUUCGAGUGCUCUUCUCCACCGAGACAUUCGCCAUGGGCGUCAACGCUCCUGCUCGCACUGUGGCCUUCCAUGCUCUCAAGAAGCACGACGGUCGAUCCUUCCGCAUGCUGCUGCCGGGGGAAUACACUCAGAUGGCAGGCAGGGCGGGCAGGCGAGGGCUCGACAAGUUCGGAACGGUGAUCAUCUGCUGCUGGGAGGGCGAGGAGGUGCCAAGCGAGGUGGACCUGCGGCGCAUGCUGACAGGCAAGGCCACCAAGCUGGAAUCGCAGUUCCGCCUCUCCUACGCCAUGAUCCUCAACCUGCUCAGGGUGGAGGACCUCACUGUGGAGGACAUGCUGAAGCGCAGCUUUGCCGAGGCACACGCGCAGCGCCUGCUACCGCAGCAGCAGAAGAUGCUGCAGGCGGGAGAGCAGGCACUUGUCCAGCUCGCCAACACACAGCCCAUCAGCUGCAUACUGGGCGACCCGUCCCUCAUAGAGCACUACUAUGACGUGGCAAGUGAGGCGCGUGAGCUGGAUGCCGCCCUGCAUGACGUGGUCAUGCGGUCGCGACAGGCCUCUCAGCUGCUGACACCUGGCAGGGUCGUAUUGGUACAGGCGGCUGAGACUGCUUCUCCCCACGUGGCAGCGCUGCUCAAGGGCCCCUUCGGCCCCACGCCACAGAAGCACUCCUUCCUCGUGCUCUCCCUGCCUCGCUCCCACCCCUCCGCCACUAAUGCGGGCGGUGAGAGACAAGGAGAGGGCAUUGCGAAUGGAGAGGAGAGGCGCGAGGAGGAAGGGAGGGAGGAGGAGACGCGGGUGGGGCGAUCAUUCAACCAGGUGACAGUCCUUGGCUCAGGUCCCAACGGGCCGAUAGUGGUCAACAUGCGGUUACCGCAUCGCGGCACUGUAGCGGGCACGUGUUACACGGUGGAGCAGAUCCCUGCCGCCCAGCUCGUGGGGGUGUGCCGAGCCAAGGUUGCCCUGGAUGUGCCGAGCCUGCUGGAGGAGGUUCGGGUGCCGGCGUAUGCUGCAGCUGUGCAGGCGCUGGUUCAGGUUCGGGAGGAGUGUGCUCCUGCCGAACCUCCCCUCAUCGACCCCAUCAAAGACCUCAAGAUCGCUGACUCAGCAACGGCAGCCAUGCACAAGCGACAGCUGGCGCUGCGGGAGCUGCUGCCGCGCAGCCCGUGCCACGCGUGCCACCGAUUGGACGAGCACUACGCUGCUGUCGCCUCCCGCCGCCAGCUGUCGCAACAGGUAGAGCAGCUCAAGGCGAUGACGAGCGACCAGGCACUGCAGCAGCUGCCAGACUUCCACCUGCGGGUGGAGGUGCUGCAAACUCUCGCAUUCAUAGACUCAGAUCGCAUAGUGCAGCUCAAGGGGCGGGUGGCGUGUGAGAUGAACAGCGCUGACGAGCUACUCGCCACCGAGUGCCUGCUCAACCAUCACCUCGCCGCCCUCUCACCGCCCGCUGCCGUCGCGCUGCUCUCGGCGUUUGUCUUCCAGCAAAAGGACGCGUCGCCGCCCCAGCUUACUGCCGAGCUGGCGCAUGCGAGGAACAAGCUGCUGGACCUGGCAUAUUUCCUGGGCGACCUGCAGAGGCGAGUGGGGCUGCCCACAUCAGCGGAGGAGUACGCAGCAGCCACGCUCAACUUUGGGCUCAUGGAGGUGGUCUACGAGUGGGCUCUGGGCACUCCCUUUGCUGACAUCUGUCCGCUGACCAAUGUGGCCGAGGGAACCAUCGUUCGCACCAUUCUUCGGCUCGAUGAGACAUGUCGUGAGUUCCGCAGUGCCGCUAGGCUGCUGGGGAAUGCGGAGCUUAUGGCGACCAUGGAGGCGGGGUCUGCUGCCAUCAAGAGAGACAUUGUAUUUGCUGCCUCACUUUAUGUCUCAUGA